ACCUCCAAUACCUCUAUACCUCUAAUACCUCUAAUACCUCUAUACCUCUAUACCUCUAUACCUCCAAUACCUCUAUAACUCUAUACCUCCAAUACCUCUAUACCUCUAAUACCUCUAAUACCUCUAUACCUCUAUACCUCUAUACCUCCAAUACCUCUAUAACUCUAUACCUCCAAUACCUCUAUACCUCUAAUACCUCUAAUACCUCUAUACCUCUAUACCUCUAUACCUCCAAUACCUCUAUAACUCUAUACCUCCAAUACCUCUAUACCUCUAUACCUCUAUACCUCUAUACCUCUAUCAGAUUAUUUUCUUCAAAUUCUUUUUUUUAUUUUAAAUGAAUUUGCCGCAAAUUCAAAUACCCCAUUACCUCCAUUUUAGUCUAAAAAUGUGGUUCUAUAUCUAAAAAACUUUGCUCUACAAAAUGGAAUAACUUUCAUCAAAAUCUAAGACUAUCGAUUGAGCAGCUAUAUUGGCAUUUAGUCGUCUCUCUCGUUCAGUGACACAUAUGUGCACUACCUUGAUAAGUGCAAAUGUUGAAUCAAAUGUUAUUCUUCAUUUCCACUUACUCACACCUGAAUCGAAAUAUGAAUAGCAACAUAGCGAAUAUUUGUCCUCAUUGUCCUCCUCUUUUCGUUGGGGAGAGUGAUCGAUUGUAUGCAACAGUCUUCGCUAAAAAGUACGUGAGAUAAUGACGCACUUAGAGACGUCCUCCAUACUGAUGUAUGCGCAUGAAGAAAUUAUAAAAACAUUAAUGUUGAUUCAUUUGGUAUAUAAAUGCAACAAACACCUGAGAAAAGAAACAUAUAAGAAACCAACUACGAAUAUGUCAAUUCAAGUGACUUACAGUUUUUUCUUGAUGAUCGUUGUUCUUAACAGACAUCUGACCAUCACAGGUAGACUAAAACUAGUCCAAAUCUAAAUGUGAAUUUGUACAAUUUUGCUUUUUUUAAAGAACGACGUUGUCGUUGUCUUUCAAGUGAUUCGAUCUGUUGGCCAAAUAGUUCUGUUUGGCAAAGAUUCAAUCAAUCUAUUGAUGGACGUCUUAUUUUACCUCUACCAUCGGCUGCUGUGUGUCAUUCUACUUCAGUGAAUAUCGACGCAUGUAAUACAGCCAUUAAAAAUUGGUCUAAUUCGUCGUGGCGUAGCGAUCAAGUGGGUGCGAUGCAAAGUCCCAAUUGGGAAAAUAGUUCAUGCUCAGUUUUUAUUGAGAAUCCGUCAUGUAAUCAAGGAUCUGUACCUACUUUGGCUGUUAAUGCUACACUACCUGAACACGUUGAGGCAACUGUUCAAAUUGCCAGUACAUAUAAUCUUCGUUUAGUGAUUAAAACAACUGGUCACGAUUAUUUGGGUCGAUCAACAGCGAAUGGUUCAUUUCUUCUUUGGCUUCAUUAUAUGAAAAACAUGACAUUGAUCGAUCAAUUCACAGCAUGCGGUGAUACAGUAUCAAAUGCUAUUCGUCUCAGUGCAGGUGUUCAAUGGGGUGAAGCAUAUGCAUGGCUAAAUCAAUUUAAUUUGACAGCAGUAGGUGGAGCAUACGCAACAGUCGGCGCUGCUGGCGGUUACUUGCUAGGAGGAGGUCACAGUCCAUUGUCACGUUGGAAAGGAUUGGCCGCCGAUAAUGUUCUCGAAUUUGAUGUUGUAACGGCAAAUGGACGACGUGAGACUGUGAAUGCUUGUCAUAACGCAGACUUGUUCUGGGCUUUACGAGGUGGAGGUGGUGGCACUUUUGCUAUUGUACUCAAUGUUGUUCUUCGUACUUAUCCAUCCCCACCUGUCAUAGCUGUUAUCUUGGACAUGACCCCGCCGAAUGAGAUACGAUAUAACAAUUUCAUUAGUGACUUUGUUCACUUCUUGCCUACACUUGCAGAUAGAAACUGGUCCGGCUAUUUUUCUUUCCUUGAUCCAAACAUUGUCAUCGUAUUUAUAUUGCCGAAUGGAGAUGCAAACGUGGCUAAUUCAACAUUUCAUGAACUGCUUCAGAACUAUAUCGAUUUCAACUUCACAUUGAAAUUUCUUUUUUCGAUGCCAUCAUUUAAUGUUUUCUUUCAUAACAUAUUGGCACCAUCCAAUGCAACAGGCGCAAAUAUCUUGCUCGGCUCGCGUCUCAUUCCUGGAAGAAUUGUUCGUCACAAACCCCAUAAAGUUGCACGAACAUUUAUUGACGUCAGAAAGCGAAGGAAAAAUAAGGCAUCACUGCUCGGACAUCUGGUAGCUGGUGGACAGGUAUCUAACAUGAAUAAUAAUAAUAGUGUUAAUCCAGCAUGGCGUACGGCUCUUAUUCACAUGAUCUACGCAAUUGGAUGGCCCGAUUUGACCUCCGAAGAGCAGCAACAAGCAAUUGCUAAACAUGUCACAAGUCAAGUAGAAAUUUUGCAAAGAGUUGCAGGUGGUGAUCGAUCUGGUUGUUAUAUGAACGAAGCUGAUCCAAAUGAACCGAAUUGGCAACAGAAAUUCUUCGGUACACAAGCGAUUUAUGAUCGACUCAAAUCGAUCAAAAAUUCUGUGGAUCCACUUGGACUAUUCAUUUGUAGGAAUUGUGUAGGCAGUGAUGAUUGGUCAUCCGAUCUCAAUUGUCCAAAGACAUAA